AUGUCUGCGCAAAAACCCGGGCCGGUGCCCACAGUGACACCCGCGACGACGCCCUUGCCGCCCGAGAAGCUCACCAGCCAGCAAGGAGCAAAUACUAACAGCACUGCUGCUGAUCCCAAAUCAAAGUCCAAGCUCAGAUUGCCGCCCAAGGUCAAGGCCUGGGUGAUUCUCCUCUCCCACCUGGCCGUAUGCAUUGCUCUCGCCCUGAGCAUUGCCCUCGCUAUUAACGGGUAUGAAGCCCUCGACGAUGACUCUGCCAGCCAUGCCACGUACGUCGAUGGCAAGUUGAUCCUGCGUGUAGCAGACGUCACAACAAUAGUCUCGGCCGUCCUGGUUGUCGUCAAGCUUCUGGUUGGGGCGUGGUCGACGCUCACCGUGUGGGCCUGUGGCCAUUAUUUGCUAUCCACGACCCCAGAUCCAAAGACCACCACAACCCCCCAAAAGACCAAAGAGGUCAGCUGGAUGGUGCGAUGGAAACUGCCGCCGUGGCUUCGCCCUCACUCCGGCUUGCCCAAGAAUCCUCGUCAAUGGGUCAUCUCUGUUGCACUGCUCAUCACUGCCGUCCAGACCUUCAUCGCCCCCAUCAUCACGGGCGCGGUGAACUGGACGUCGACCCCCGUAUCCGAGCCCGACGCGAGAGUUUCUGUCGCCGCCGUCGACAGUACGGCGGACUUUGGCGGCUGGAAAUGGUACAACUAUCCCUUUGAGCCCUUUGGUCUUGACCGCAAGCCAUACCUGCGCACCGCAGCCGGCUACGCGAGCUUGGUGUGGAGCGACCAGACAACCGUGGCGCCGAACGGAACGUCGUUGACAGGUAACGGGUGCCGGCAUGUGGUGCAGAGCCACGACACGGUGGGCGCAAACUCAACCCUCCUCAAGGCCACAAUCCCUUGCAUCCGAAUCCACAGCCUCGAGUGGUACAAGGCUGAUUAUGACGUGCCCCGUGCAGAAUGGGUCUAUGUCGCUGACUCGAGCAGUCUCAGCAUCGUCGAUGACCCGCCAUCGUCGUACUAUCGCCCCGGAACAGCCGUGGUCUUUGACGACUACAUCGGGUGGAACAAGUCGCAGGACUGGUACAGCAAGCCAGCCCCGACCAUCUUCAGCAAGAUGCAGACGGUAGGCAUGAUGGUCAAGCGCGUGGCGAACCAGGAUCCCCCUUGUUCGGCGCUCGACCCCACAAUUUUUGGAAGCGUGGAUCACUUGGGUCGCUAUCUCCUGAACUGGGGCGACUCGACAAAUGGGAACUGCUACUUCAUCGGCCGGAUCAACUUCACCGCGGGCGUUACGACGCCGCUGGACGAGGUUGUCUUCGUAGAAAACCCAUGGGCUCAGGAAGCCGUGUGGCUGCUGCCGGACCUGAUGACCAUGAUCGCCGUCAUGAACUCGACGCUCUUGCCCACGUUCGACAACAUCGACGGCUACCUCGAGCUGCUGAUGCGUCAGGCGUUCCUUGCCGCGUGGGACAUGUACCAUGACUCCUUUGACGAGGACCAGAAGGGACGGGUCUUCACCGCGAUCCCCAGCGUGUCGAGACAGCUCGCCGAGGUCUCGUUUGCCAGAGUCUUCGCGUGGCUGGCCAUUUGCGCGCUCAUGACCAUAUUCGGGGCUUUGCUGCUGGUGGCGGUCCUGGAGGGUGACGACCUGACGCCACCGGAGGAGACCCUCAAAGAGGCGAGCGGAGAAAGGCACGACGAAGAAACCGAGGGUUUCUUUGAUGCAGUCUAUACCUUGCUGUGUGGGUAG